CUAUUUUUAGAAAGUACAUUCGUCAAUGCGCGUGCACCAUUGGUUCUGCUUACACAAUUCAAGGUGUCGAGGCGAAUAGGUGGCAAGAUGUCGAGCGGCGAUAAGGGCAGUCCGAGCCUCACGAUCGAUCGGGCCGCUUUCCUACUUCUCCGAGUGAAGAAGGCCUUCAAGAAGAAGAAACAACAGCGCAAGGAGAAAAACACGCCAGCUGUAGAAUGCAACAAGCAGGAUAGCAAAGGACCGUCGCGUGGUCCUACCGGAAGGCCAGCGCCGCUUCUGCGCUCCAGGACUUUGCCAGCCAUCGUCGCACCCGGUCUCAGUAUUUUGCAGGCGCAAAUCGACUCCCAAUUCCCAAAUUCUGGACCGGAGAUUGCAGUCAUCCCAUCUUUCGGGGCCAAUAGCGCUGGUUAUGGCAAACACGACAACAGCGUCUCAUAUUGUAGCAAACUACUUACACCAAGAAUAUCUUUCACUGACGAAACGAUAGGUGUCGAGCGGCGCGUCUCGGAUAUCGGGCCGAACUAUCGAGAGAGCAAAGAGUUGUCGAGUCGUGUCGCCAGCAGACUCAGCACCUGUAGUAUUGGCGGCUCCCAACCCCUAACAAGACUGGCGAGGUUGCUGAACCAGCGGCCCAGCUUCACGCCCAGCGAUGACAUACCCAGACGUUUAUCCUGGGAGAGGCGCGAGUGCAGCAGUACGGGUUCAUGUCUGCCCCGCAGCAACAGCAUCGACAGCGUGGCCGAUUGGAAUCUGGCUGUCGGCACCUCGGAUGUUCUUGGUAGCUCCUAUGGCCUUGGCUCGAGCUCCAGCUCCGAGAGCACUUACGCCCUCUACAUAGACCAUCAGCAGCAACAACAGCAGCAGAAGCAGCAGCAACAACAACAGCAACAGUCUCGCCGAAGCCCGAGCCCACUGCUCGGUUCGAGGUCCGAACGCUUGAGCCUCAUCUCGCCGAGCAUCGGCCGAAGGGUCAAGGGUCACAGGGCCGUCCUUGAGCUACACUCGCUACAAGGGAUGGAGUUCCUGGAGGGCUUCGGCAAAAAGAAACAUCAGCUGCAGCACCAGCAACAACAAAGAAAUCAUCAGUAUCAACUCACCAACUUGUCAUCGAUACACAUCAACCCUCUCACGGCACAACCCUCCCUCAACAUACAUUUGCAUGCACUUUUUGCAGCUGUUGAGCACGGUCACCUUGACAAAGCGAGAGCCAUCCUCGAAUCAACGGAUGUUGACGUUAACAGCGUAAAUAGUGACGGUCUUUCAUUAUUAGACGUGGCAGUAUUAAGUAAUAACCGAUCCUUAGCGAAGAUGCUUGUGGCUUUUGGAGCUCAAGAAGGGAAUCAGUUCAAGUCACCGGAGUCACUAGGCAGUCACUUAGCCUCGCUAUUGUCAGAGGCCGAACACCGAGUACAAGCACUUGGGGGCGGGACAAUCGGGAGCAACCCUGCCUCCGGUUCGGCUCUUUUGGAGCCACCUCCAAGCCAGAGCCACAGGGGCAGCUUCUCCUCGCAGCACAACCUGACCGGUUGCGGGGGCAGUACCGAGGACAAGCAGCUUGCACUCUGGGAACGCAGAGCCAGGGCGCUUAGAAAAAUGCUCCUUGGAUUCGAUCAAGCGCGACCGCCAGACAUGCCCUUCUUGGUGACGGUUGACGUAAUCGGUACUACCUCCGUCACAGCUAGAUUUCAAGAAUCUGAGGCCCAGGAGUCGCCCAUUUGCACCAAGUUUAAGAUCCAGUGGAGCUUUAAGGAGGAUUUCGGGACGAUAUGCGGUGAACGUGAGCUCCUUGACAUGAAGCAGAAGGAAUGUCGUAUCGAUGGCCUCCUGCAGGGUCAUAAGUACUACUUCCGGGCGGCCGCUGGCAAUCUCAAGGGUUACAGCAGAUUUAGGCCGGCAACGCCCGCCUAUCUUACCCCAAGCAGCUGGCGUGAUCUUGACGGUCGAAGGACACGUUUUGCAGGACGUCUAGAGCAGCUAGACAACUUAUUGGGUGACAUAAGAGGCACAGAGUACAAUUUGGAGACUCCGGCACUGCAGCGUCGCAAUCACAAAAAAAAGACGACAAUAAAACAGCUGUUCACGGCGACAAGUAAAUUCCAGAAGAAUUUACGUCGUGGUAUAUUCCUCGGCUGCCUUCUCUACCACGAGGACAAAGUAUUGGUGACGAACGAAGAUUUCCUACCUGUGAUUGAAGUGGAUGAAACGUAUCCAAGCUGCAUUUUCAAUGACUUCCAUUGGCUUAUGAAGGUUGCAUGUACAUGGGAGGACGUCAAGACACUCAAACAGGACAUGGAGAAGAGUCAGAACAUCACCACGAAUCACUUUAGGAUAAAGCUCCUGCAGGCAGCGACGCAAAUGCAAGCUGCUCUUUGCAUCCAAGAUCUCGGACGGUUUUACCACAAGCCAAUAAGAGACGCUCAAGGGACGCUUGUCUUCUCCACGGUGAACUACGUGAGCUCCCCGAAGCUCGUCUCGGUACUCAACAGUAGAUGGUUACCACUGAGCAAAGUUACUAAGAAGCUCAUCACGCACGAGGACAGCAACGUUGCCGAUAUCCUCAUGGCCAGCAUUCAUGACCAGAUGGCCUAUCACCAAGUGAGCGGCAUCAAGCUCUCGCGUGGCUUGUACCUCGGUUAUCUCAAGAUGCAAAGUAGCGUCGAUUCCAUUCAGGUUGUAGUGGCGGCCAAAUCGCCCAACGUCCUCCCCCAUUGCAAAAUCCGAGAAAAUCCCCAUGUCUCCGCCGAGGAGUGGGAGCACUUAAAGCGUAUUGCACAGCUUCAGAUUUCCGACUACUGCGCUCAAAGCGAAGAAAAAGAGAAUGCGGCGAAUGAGCUCCAGGGUUCGGAGCAACAGAAGCUCUUUAUCGAUAUGAUCGCGGCCGCGGCGAAGCGACUUUUCAACUUCAUGGACAUCGGCUCGGACGAGUCGCUCGUCCAUCGGCUUUACGAUGCCGAGGUUAUCGAUCUUAACUCCGAUGUUUCGUUCCUGCUCGCCGUCCCUCCCGCGGAAACCGCUUGCUCCGUACCCGGCACCCGGGAAAUCCUGCUGCAACGUGGCGACCUCCUCUCCCUACCAAUCCAGCUUUUUGAGAUGAUACACAUAAGUACCUAUCAGCAGGACUUCAUGAACCGGUACGCCAGACUGAGCUACAUUCUCGAACUCGACACGACUCACGCGCAGCAUAGCCAUCGCGAAGCGUUCAGCAACUCCGAACUCACUGUCGCCAAGGACAAGCUCGCCAGACUCCAAGAUUUGCAAUCUCAGAUGAACGUCAUAUGGAAAGGCGCUAGAUGGCUCAUCGACGUCAUUACCUUCGCCCGCGACCGAGGCACAACCUCGCAAAACAUUGGUGGAAUCAGCAUCAAGCAGCUACUAAACUUCGACCGCAAUAAGAACAGUAGCACUGGCAAUAGCCUGAAGCGCAGCCUCUUGCAGCUGCCGCCCCGGGAUCCGAAAUUGGUGAAGUCGAGCCCGGGCCGCGGUAGUUGGCCGGGCCCGAAUAUCGUCGACCCUUCCUGUUGUCCCCAGACGAAUCUUCUUACAACCGAGUUCAGCAAAAGCGAGCAGCAGCUGCCUUCUGGUCCGUAUCCCCGUAAAGGCAGCAGCAGCUCUAACUGCUCAUCAAGCUCGGAGCCAUACCGACUACAGGUGCAAUCGCGAUUGCCUCCCUCGAAAUCCGAGGACACAUUGCCGCCGGGUUCUCAGCACAAGAUCUUCCGCGGCCCACGUCCAUCGAGCGCUUCUGUGCGGAGUUCGGCCUCGGCCUCGACAAGUCCGUUACUUGGUACGCCUGCGCCUGGUAAAUCCACCGCAAGUGUUGCCGCUAUUGCUGACGAUCACAGCGAUGAACCAGGCGGAGAACCGGGAUCUCGAGCAACCGCGCUACCCGGGAUUCUGCAGGUGUACGCUGCUUACGAGACAGGUCUUGCCUCAGGUACGAGCUUAAAACUUCAUGUAACCGGGCGCACAACGGCGCGCGAGGUCGUGGAUCUUGUGGUAAAACAACUAAACGUCGCUGUACUGCUCAAGGGUCUCGAGGGUCCCAUCUAUCCAUCUGAGCAGUUGGGCAAUUUCUGUUUAGUGGCGGUGAUCGGAGCGCGUGAACGCUGCCUCAGGGAUGACUUCAAGCCCCUCCAGUUACAAAACCCAUGGAAAAAGGGUCGACUGUACGUGCGUCAGAAACAGGACGUACUCGCGGCCCUUGAGCACAGCAGCAAGCACACGGCCUACUUGUAGCGCGACCUACUGUUGACAUUAA